UAUUUGACAGUUGACAGUUUGACUAGUCCAGUGACUGUCAGCAGUUGCUCGUCCUGGACUGACGCAAUGCAAGACAAACACGCAAUGCCCUACAGGAGUUUCGAUACCGUUUUACAGUUUAUCGGCUGGUCAGAUAUAAAUACUUGCCGGAAUGAAGCAAAGUCAGUGUCUACAUGAACCACCAUCGGUUGAUAACUGCUAGCCGACACUUUAGGUCAGGUUGUGUCAGGGAGGCCACCAUAUUUAAAGUCUUCAAACCUCUGGUCGAACGAGACUGCUCCAGGUGUGGAGGGACUUUCCCUUUGCGAGAAGGAUUUGUAUAUCUCCUUGUGUGCGGAGUUCCGAGUUAAGCUGUGACGUUGACAGCAUCUUGCAGCUGCCAUGACUACAGCGGUCAUACAAGAGCAGGCAACCACACUUCUGCUGGGUGGGGUGGUUGCACUGUCGCUGCUGUGGUGGUGGUCGACUAGGCGACCUUCGGGUUUGCCCCCCGGGCCUGGACCUGCCCUCCCGCUAAUCGGCCACCUGCACUUACUUAGCAAGGAUCCCAGGGUGCAGUUCACAGCAUGGCGGCGACGGUACGGUGACGUGUUCAGUCUGUACAUGGGCAACCGCCUAGUGGUGGUGCUCAACGGCUACAAAGUCAUCAAGGACGCGCUGGUGAAACACGCCGACAUCUUCUCUGAUAGGCCUCACAUGUUCCUCACGGAUGCAAUUGCAAAAAAUAAAGGCCUUGUCGGCACGUCGGGUGGCCACUGGAAGGAGCAGCGGAAGGUGUCGUUGGAGAUUCUGCGUGAGAUGGGGCUGGGCAGGAACGUGCUGGCCGAGAAGAUCCAGGAGGAGGUCAGCGAGUAUGUCAAGGCCAUCGCCGCUCUUCAGGGUGCAGCCUUUGACCCAAGGCGCUCACUCACACCAGCGUGUCCAACAACAUCUGCGCCAUCGUCUUCGGAGAACGCUUCGAAUACAAUGACCCGGUCUUCCGCCGGUACCUGGAUGUCAUGGACCAGAACUUGAAGAACCUCGCCAGAACAACAGCUGUCAACUUUAUCUCGGUGCUCAAGUACCUACCGGGGGACUUAUUCUGCGUGAAGCGCACCCUGAACAACGUCGCAUUCGUGGAGGACGACUUCAUCUACCCGCAGCUGGACAAUCAUAUCAAACGCUACAGUGACAGUACUGGCGAGGCAGCCAGCGACUUCGUGGAGGCGUACCUUCGCGAGAUGAACAAAAUGAAAGACAAGGAAACUACUCUAGAUAAUCCCAACUUGAUCAAAGUCAUGGGCGACCUGUUUGUGGCGGGGACCGAAACCACAGCCACCACCAUCCGUUGGGCUCUCGUCUACUUCUUGCACUAUCCAGAAGUGCAAGACAAGUGCUUCCAGGAGAUCAAGAGAGCCAUCGGUACGGAGCGAGCCCCGACCAUCCGCGACAGACCGGAACUGACGUACAUCGAGGCCACCAUCAUGGAGGUCUUAAGACACGCUGACAUCGCGCCUUUUGCCAUUCAGCACGGACUGGCCUGUGACACGACAUUUAUGGGAUACACGCUUCCCAAGGACACAAUUAUCCUUCCAUUCAUCGAUUCUGUCCUCCAAGACCCGGAAAUCUGGGAUAACCCGCUAGACUUCCGGCCAGAAAGAUUUAUCGGUCCUGACGGAAAGCUGGUCAGAAAAGAGGAGUUUAUACCUUUCAGCUUGGGACGUCGUGCCUGUCUUGGUGAGGCUUUGGCACGGACAGAACUUCUCCUGUACCUGUCGACCAUGAUACAGCGCUUCCGCUUUGUGCCACCCGAAACUGGAGAGCUGCCAUCUUUGGAGGGAAUCAUGAGCCUCAGCAGAAUGCCAGGCAGCUUCAAGAUACGCGCUAUAAUAAGAGAGUAGCCGACUAGAACAUGUCAAAGCUGCUAUUAUCAUAUAUAGCCUACUAGUUGAGACCUAUUCGCAAGGUAUAUUCCACUACCCCAGGACUAGAUAGUGCCACAGCAUAUCACCCACUGAGCUCCCCGUUGUUACCAGAAAAACACUUGGUACAUACUUACAGACAAGGGCACUACUACAUUCCUUGCAGUGUCGGUGUGUUUCUUCAAAUGCUCAAUGAUGUCAAUAAAAGGCAAAAUCUGUACGCUAUUGGAGAUCACAAAAUUCGGGAAAGGAUUUGUUUUUUCCUUCAUUUCUAAAAACAGAAUUAUUUCUUCGAAAGAUCCACAAACUCGAUUACCUACUUUCCCAAGAUUUAGUUAUAUUUGGAGAUCAACCAGUGGCGACACUUUCCAAUUUUCUUCAUCGACUAAAUCGAACGCAGUAAAAAAAAAUCCUCAAACAAAAUAUUUGAGAUAUUUGUAUUUUUGCUGGGAGGCAGGAAUUUACCAGAUGAUAAAUUCCUGAAAUAACUAGACCAUCUUUUCUUUAACGUUAUAUAUAGAGGAAAGCAAAUUAUAAAAUUUAACAAAUGUGUGUGUCAACUGUAUGUCAAAGACUGACCUGAGAAUGUUAAUUGUGUGUAUAUGUAGAUAUAAUUUUCUACCUGCAACGAAACUUAUCUGGCGAAGGAGAAUAUCCCAAGGCCAGUAACUGUCAAUGGAUUCUGUUGUAUACGUGUACCUUGAAAUAAAAUCUAUACUGAGCAAG